GAGUGUUGUUCCAUUGGAGCUGAGCAGCGGCGUGGUUCCCUUGAUACUGGCGUCGUGGAUGACCUUGGCGGAUUCGAAGAAAUUCGUCGUUUAUUUGUCGCCCACCUACGCAUUGAUUUUCUUCGUCUUGCGGACCAUCCAGAUGUCCUGCAUCUCCCGCAGCCGUUGCUGUACAAGGUGGUGGCAUCUGGACAAAUCCAUUUUGUCGGUAUCGGUUUGAUGAUCGAUGCAGGAUUUGUGGAUUCUGCCCUUCUCAACGAAUAUGUUGCUGCCCUAGUCUUGUUGUCAUAA